GAGGGGCAGAGGGAGGGGCAAGCGUUUGCGUUGUGCGUUUGCUUUCCCACGUUGCGCUAACCCCACAGUUUAUUCUUACGUCACUCUAUCAAUAGGUUAGCCUUGCAUAACUCUCCAACUGCCUACCGAGCUGAACAUUUAUGCAUACAUAAAACGUGCAUGUGGUUUUUAUAUCUGAUGAUGAUGCUAGGCAACGAAACGACGGAUUACUAUGUAACCACUGACAUUGAUAUUGACGACCACGGACGCGAAUGUGAACUGAAUUAACGCACUUUACGCAAAGAAGGUUAUAUCAGCAUUAACAUAGCGUCUCCUACCCGGUCUGGCAAUUGAGUACCUACACUCUACGCGUUUAAUAGCACCACACGUCGCACGUCGAACUAUACAGCGCCAUCAUAUCAUCGUAUCAACACACCUGGUCUAAUAUAGUAGAAAGAGAUAUACACAGUACACCCCAGGCUUCCGUUCGCUCCGUCAAGCUUUGCACAUGCGCGGCGUCACUUCACUGCUGCCAAUUGUACGAAGAUCUGGAUUCUCGAAACUAUUUCAAGGGCAACCUCAUCUACCCGUGAAUACAUUCAAACGGCACGGCAGUCGAGCUCUCAACACCACCCCUCCCACCAGAAGCCCGUCUUCAAACAGCGUGAAGGUGUUUCGAUUCAGCCCACCCUCAAAACCUCAGACGCAACCAAAGCCAGAAGCAGAAGCAAUGGGAAAACGCAAGUCCAAAAACCAGGAGUACAACACUUUCCUCGACGACGAGAGACCUGCCCCCCAACAGCCCCCCCAACCCCAACAACAAUUCCAACCCCAAGAACAAAAGGGGAAGGGAGAGAAACUAACGCACUUCCUCUCCCUGCCCCUCACACUCCCGUCCGCCUCCAUCAUCCCACAGCUCCAGUCCGCCCUCGCGACGAUUAAAAACGACGUCGAUCCAGGGAGUAGUCCAAACGCUAGGUUCCCAGCACUGUUCCCAGCGGAUGCGGUUCGGCCGGCGGGGACGCUGCAUCUCACGCUCGGCGUCAUGGCGCUGUCCUCCCCCGCCGACCUCACAUCCCUAGAAACGUUCGUCAAGGAGCUUGACGUGCGGGGUUUGCUUCCCGCGCCCGGGCUCCCUGAUCCCACGACAGAAGCACAGGGUACGCCAGCGGUGGAAGGUGUGGAGUUGGACCUGAGAGGCCUGCACGCGAUGAGAGACGUCGAGAGGACGAGCGUGCUGUAUGCGUCCCCUCACCCCACGAACAUACCAGCGCAGGCGUUCGAAGCGUUUGCGACGGGGCUACGGGACGCUUUUACGGGGGCUGGGUUUGUGAGGGACGAGGGGAGGGGGUUGAAGUUGCAUGGGACGGUCGUUAAUACUAUCUACUGUCGCUCGAAAGCCGCGCCGGGAGGGGGUGGUAGAGGGGGAGGUAGGGGGAGGAGAGGUGGGCCUGUGAAGUUUGACGCGCGUGGGAUUGUGGAGGCGUAUUCAGAUGGGGAGGGUUUCGUUUGGGCGAAGGGGGUGAGGGUUGAUAGGGUUCAGGUUUGUGAGAUGGGUGCGCGUACGCUUGAGGACGGGUCUCAGGGGUAUGCUGUUGUUUUCGAAAAAUCGUUCAUUUAGCAUUUACAUUUAGAUGGAUAGAUUUAGAUGGGUAGAAUGGUUACACGCCCUCGCCAUGCUCCAACUUUUCGACCUCACGCGUGAUGCGUUCGAUAUCCCGCUUCAAGGUCACCUUCCGCGCCCCGAGAUCACGCAUCCCCUUCUCGCCCGCGCCCGCGUACAUCUGCAGCGCCUUCUCCGCGACCACCCUCCUAUCUUCCAGUCCCUUCUUCUCGGCCGCAAGCGCCUUGCCGAGACCACGCAGCGCGCGCUCGAAGUCGCCGCCCGCGGGGGAGGCGGAGAUGGUGAGGCGCAGGAUGCGCGCCUGGGCGUCCAGGAGGGCGGCUUUCGCGGCGAGGAGCUCGGCGCGGGUUCGCGUG